UGAGUGCCACGUCACUGUGGGCGGAGCUUCAGAGGAGGCAAAAUGGCGACCACCUACAGCAGCUUCACUUUGCACACGACGCCCGAGAAGUUCUACGUCGAGGCGUGUGAUGACGGCGCUAACGAAGUCCUCUCUAUCGAUCGAGUGUCUACAGAGAUGAUGCUGAUAGGGAUGAAGGACAUCCCACCUUCAGCAGCGACCCAGUCGAUGUGUGGCAUCAUGGGGACGAUACGGCUGGUAGCAGGGAUGUACCUCAUUGUGAUCACCAAGAAGAGGAAAGUGGGGGAUCUGCUGGGACACGCCGUGUGGAAGGCCGUGGAGUUCGACAUGAUCUCGUAUAAGAAGACGGUGCUGCACCUCACGGACACGCAGAUGCAGGACAACAAGACCUUCCUCUCUAUGAUCAACAACAUCCUGAAUACAGACGGCUUUUACUUUGCUACAGACUACGACCUCACACACUCCCUGCAGAGGCUCGCCAACACCAGCCCCGAGUUUCAGGAGAUGAGUCUGCUGGAGAGGGCGGAUCAGAGGUUCGUGUGGAACGGCUUCCUGCUCAGAGACUUCAGCACGCAGCCGGAGCUGCACAGAUUCGCCUGUCCUGUGAUCCAUGGCUUCAUCGCUAUGAAGUCCUGCCGCAUCAACGGGAAGGUCUUCGACUGGAACCUCAUCUCCAGGAGGAGCUGCUUCCGCGCCGGCGUUCGCUACUACGUCAGAGGGAUCGACUCCGAGGGUCACGCAGCAAACUUUGUAGAGACGGAGCAGAUCGUGCAGUACGGCGGCGCCAAGGCUUCGUUCGUACAAACACGUGGCUCCAUUCCGUUCUACUGGUCCCAGCGUCCGAACCUCAAAUACAAACCCAAACCGCAGAUCAGCAAGAGCGGAAAUCACUUGGACGGCUUUCAGAGACAUUUCGACUCCCAGAUCAUAACCUACGGCAGGCAGGUCAUAUUAAAUCUGAUUAAUCAGAAAGGUUCAGAGAAACCUCUGGAGCUCGCCUUCGCCAAGAUGGUGGAGAGUCUCGGUAACGGCAUGAUCAAGUACGUGGCCUUUGACUUCCAUAAGGAGUGCAGUAGGAUGAGGUGGAAUCGCCUGCAGAUCCUGGUGGACACGGUUGCCGAGCAACAGGCGGAGUUCGGCUACUUCCUGGUGGACGCGGACGGAACGGUCCAGUUGCAGCAGGAGGGGACGUUUCGGAGCAACUGUAUGGAUUGUCUGGACCGUACCAACGUGGUCCAGAGUCUCCUGGCCAGAAGAUCGCUUCAGUCUCAGCUGCAGAGACUUGGGGUCCUCCAUGUGGGACAGAGAAUCGAGGACCAGGCGGAGUUUGAAAAGGUUUACAAGAACGCAUGGGCUGAUAAUGCUAAUGCUUGUGCUAAGCAGUACGCUGGUACAGGAGCUCUGAAGACAGACUUCACACGGACAGGAAAGAGGACACAGUGGGGGCUGGUGAUGGACGGCUGGAACUCCAUGAUCAGAUAUUACAAGAACAACUUCUCAGAUGGAUUCAGACAGGACUCCAUCGACCUGUUUUUAGGAAACUACGCUGUGGAUGAAGCAGACAUGUGCACGACUCUCCAUGAAGCCAAAGACUGGAAGUUCCUCACUCUGCCAAUCAUCAUGGUGGUGGCGUUCUCCAUGUGCAUCAUCUGCCUCCUCAUGGCUGGAGAGACGUGGACAGAGACGUUAGCGUACGUGCUGUUCUGGGGAAUGGCGAGCGUGGUCACGGCCGGCGUCAUCCUCUUUAACGGCCGAGACUUCGUGGACGCUCCCAAGCUGGUCCAGAAGGAGAAGAUGGACUGAGAGUGCGUGUGUGGAAAGCAGCUGGGUCCCGUUGACUCUUCAUCCUCAUCCUCGUCUUCGUCCUCGGGACUUUCCUUCUCCCGUCUGCGCCGUGACUGGAGCCUGUACUGAACGUCGUCAUCGUCUCCAUUCUGUCACGAUGGAAGAGGCACGGAGGAGGAGAAGGAGGAGGGAGGAGAAGAGCAGAGGCCAGGCGGGGCCAAAUGGGUGGGUGUGGGUGUGGACUGACUCAAAGCCACGCCCACUCGCUGCUCUCCACACUGCAGUCUCAUCUCAGAGGAACAUCCCAGUCUGACUGGACGCUGUUCCUCAGCUCAGACCUACACUGGGGAAACCACAUCUGUGUGAUCUUUUAAUGUCUCACACACACACACACACACACACACACACACACACACACACACACACACACCAUAAUGUAGCUUGUAUUUUAGUAUCUACUGAACCUACAUGAGGUUUUUCUCUUCACACACGUUUCCUGUCUCCUAUCUGGCACUUGUAGGGAACUUCCUGUUGGGCGACGCGACACUAUUGGAUCAUUUAUUGUGAUAAAUUGUGGGUGUGUGUUUUUAACCCCACCGCAUGUGUCGUCAGAGAUUCCGACCGAUCGUAAAUUCUGUUGUGUUUAUUUUUCUAAGCACUGAAAUGAAACGUAUUCGACACGAUUCUGCGUUUCGAUGUCGUGUUUUUACGUGUUCUGAGUCUGAAAAAAACGUAACGUGAUCCUAUUUACCGGCGUGUCGCCCCCCCUCCCCUCCCCUCCCCUCCGUGCCAAGAUUCGGUCCGAUGUCGAUAUCCGCGUGUUUGUUUCGGUCGCCAUGGCGACCUGUUGAUUUCAGAUUAACGCUUCGCCUGUUAAACCUGUGAGGGGGGGAAAAAAGCAGCCGUUCGGCCGAAAGAGAAGCGUGCGCGUGUUUCCGCUCGGACACAAACACAGCCACAUUUUUACGUGUGAAGUUUGUGUCUUUAUCGUCGCUCCGAACAGAAACUAACCAACAAAAGCUCCGACCUGCCGUCCGUCUCACACACACACACACACACACACACGGCGAACUGCGUCGCUCAAAAAUACGCCAAGUCUCUUUACCUUCUUGCGAAAAUGACACACAAACCGAUGGACAUGAUUAAUAUUAAUGAACCAGCUGGAAGCCACGCCCAUUUUCUCUCGCUAAUGAAUAUAAGAUAAUGACAUUAAGUCAUCGCCUAAUGUUAGAUCACUUAACGUCAUUAACUUCUUAUUAGUUAGCGACGAACCAGAUAAAAAAUAAGAGCCAAUUACGAUAAAAUAAAUAACAAGUGAAAAUUUUGACUGAAUAAAAACAACCGGCGUCUUUAUCCUUUAUCGAGGUGUCGAAUUUUAACGCGUCAUCGUUUCACCUCAACACGAGCGUCAGAUUCACGUGUUUAACUUUGAACACUAAAAGUUCUUUUCAUGUUUGGCCUUUUGUUGCUUUCUGGUUGAUUUCGUAUCACACGAGCGAACACUUAGCGUCUAAUCACCGCUUUAUUACAGCAACCUACACCUCACACUCGCUUUAGUCAUAUUAGCUGCUAACCUGCUAACAGCUAGCGUGAUGCUAAUAAAGCUACGUUAGCAAAGUGACGCUACGGUUGAGUGACGGAAUGCUGUCGUUUUUAUUUAAUGGCUUUUAUCUAUUUUAAAAAUAGUGACACAGACUCAUUUAACUGCAGGACUGGAGCAUGUACAGAUGUGCGCAGACCCCCAGGAGACGGUUUAAUGGUUUAAUUAACGGUUUAAUGUUUUCUUUAAUUUGGACCUUUUUAUUUUUGAAUACUUUGUGAAACUUACUGGGUUUUUUGUUGUUUUAAAUGGAUUUUUAUGUACAUUUACAUUUCUGACAUUUAACAGACACGCGUUCAAAGAUUCUUACGAUUUAUUUCAAUUUAUACGAUUGAGGGUUAAGGGCCUUGCUCAAGGGCCCUGCAUUGGCAUCUCGGUGCACCUGGGAUUCAAACUCAUGUCCUUCUGGUCAGUAGUCUAACACCUUCACCACUAGGCUUCCACAUCCCUCACGUUGCCCUUGUCACGUAGUCCGAGACCUGGUCAAAGGUAGACGUGCGAAUCUGAACUGUUUGUCAUGAUAAAUUACCAAACGAAGUUUAUUUUUAUUUGAACGUGUUGUACUGACAUUUUUCAGUAGGGUUGAAGUUCGGUUAACGUUUAAAUACUUUUAAAGUGUAACUUUAGUAUAAUAUUAUAAAAUAUUGUCUCGGAUAUCAUAACUAGCACCUCUGAUGAAAACAUCGUCGUGGUGACAGUUUUGUGUCGUCUCCGUGAUCGCUGUGCCUUCACAACAUCUGUGUAAAUGACAUAAUGCCGUGCGCCGUCGUACACGGCGACAUGUUUUUCACUGCAUUAUUCGUUAGCUAGAUUUAUUUACAUACCGUUCAUUUUCCUUUGCGAUCUGAAUUAGCACACGGAGGAGUUUGUGUAGCUUCUUAACGUCCGAGUCGAACGGAUCGUCUGCCUUAAACCGGGGAGGAAAGAAGCGUACGAUCUGAAAACCGCCGUCUUGUAUCUGCCUUAUCAGAGAAUGUAAAGCAGUAGCGGAUGAUAUUAUGAUCACGGCUCUGUGUUGUACUGUUUUUUGUUUUUCUCUUUUUUGGCAGUAGCUUCUCUGAGCAGAAAGUGUGCACUUACAGGUCAAGUGAUAUGACUGAAGAUUCCUGGCCAAAUCCUGCAUUCAGCUAGUUUUGAUGCCAAACCCUCAAACAUCACUUUGUCUAAUGCGUUGUAUAUAUUUUAUUAAAGGAGCACGAGGAUGAA